AAAAGCUGUAGCGGCACAUAAAAACACAAGACCGACAACUCAUUUUUAUGCAUGUGCGAUUUUGGCUGGUCAAACAGUAUUGUUGAUAUUUGCACUUACAUUUGUUCAUAAAUACGAAAAAAUUCUUGACCUCUGACAAGAGAUUAAACACCGUGUUUUUUAACUUUGACCACUUACAAGAAUACCUUUGGAGCUUUAGGGUUAUUGUUAUAAUAACUUCCCAAUCUGUCCGACGAUAACUCAAAAUCUUAAGUCAAGCAUAACAACUGCAUGUAAAAAUUGACAUUUUCACGGUUGGUUAGUAUACUAAUAUUGCACAAUCUAUCUACUAAGUGGAAACGAUCACCAAAUGGCCAUCCUAACAACACAGAGGAAGAAAAGAAGGAAAAGAACGUUGAUUAUUCGACUCUGGCUCAUUCGGAAUGCUGUUUUCAAUACUCGUUGUGCCGUUGAAAGAUAAAAACAAAUACAAUAUAAACGUUAUAAAUAUUUGCGAAUGCUCUUAUAUCAUUAAGUAGUUUACGAAAAAGAUACAUUGCUGCUGUUAGAACUUCUCCCUUAUAGCCCGAAAAAGAAAGAAACAGCACUGUAACUGAUGUCUUGUCGUAAAUACAAUAUCGCCUUGACCAACGCAACAUCUUCACCUGCGCGUGGAAGGAGCAAUAACGAAUAGGAGUGGGAAUCAGCGAACACGCGAAAAACUGUCACGGACACUUUGGUCAUUAAGAAAUAGAUAAUGACAGCAAUCAGUAAACCCAGAAACGAUUAUAUCUCCCCUUUUCGAAACGCAAAGUGCAAACACAUAAAUAUGAUAUGAAGGACACACACAGAGAAAAUUUCUACCACGGAAAUAAUGCUAUUCAUUUAUAAAGGAUUUUUAACUGUUUGACGUACAUGUCUUAAGAUAACUGUAGUUCCUGAAAGAAAAAGAUUAAAGGUACUGGGCGCUAUGUGAUUUCUUUAACUGAUCGUAAUAGUAAAGUUUGCGUCUAUAAGGAGAAAGUUGAUUGGCUGAUGCGGCGCGCGUUAUCCUAUGGUCAAUACCCAUAGAGUAAUUACCGGACAAAUAUCAAACAGGAGGGACAGAUGCAACGAUUUCAUCUUCCAAGAAAAUUCAAGCCGUCUCCUAUUGCUUGAGAAAAACUAGAUCUUUUUUGAUUUACUGAUCUUAGAGACUUCAGUAUGGCUUAUCCCUAGAUAAUGCUACUUUCUCAUGAGGCCGUUAAACAUGGGAGAUCGCCUGCAGCCUAAAUCUUAUUUGUGAUAUUAUACGUCCAGGGAGUAGACAGAUUCUCAGCCUCACAAAUGAAAAACUGUCCAGUGUGAUUUAAUUCAUCAUUUUGAGACGACUUGAACAAGGGUAUGGACCCUUUUAUAGAAUCGAGCUCGGACGACGAGCAAGAACCUUUAUUCAACAAUGAAGAUGUUGAGGCAGAGACCUUUCAGAAAAAGCCAUUCAAGCAGAGAGUCCUUGAGAUUGUCGGCGACAAUCCGAGAAACUUUAAGGCGGCAAUGUGUUAUUGUGGAGUGUUUAUGGUGUUUGGCAUGUCUGACGAAGUGCUUGGCCCUACUCUCCUUGAACUCCGUUGCCUGACGGGCCAGACAAUCACAAUUAUGAGCUUGCUUUUCUUCAUUCACGACUUGUGCAAUGUUUUUGGUUCAACCACGGGAGGAUUAUUUGCAGACCGGUUCAAUGCCAAUCUUCUGCUAUCCAUCGCGCUCGGUGUAAGCGCCGUGUGCAUCAUCGCCAUUCCCCUGUGUCGGGUCUUCGUGUUGAUGCUUAUUCUGGCCGGUAUUUACGGAGCGUGUUUUGGCGCCACAGAUACCUUUACUACAUUUCAGCUGAUUCGCAUGUUUGGAAAACAGGUUUCUCCAUAUUUGCAGGCUUUACACUUCACGUAUGGACUUGGAGGAUUCAUAACGCCCCUGGUGGCCCGCCCGUUCCUGCGAGACGAGUGCGUGUAUAUCGUGAACUACACGACUAUCGUGGACGAGUGGCCGUAUGCAAACAGCACUUCGGGGAUCGACAACACCUCAACUGUUUUUUUCAGCCAGGAGUCCGUCUAUAGGGACAGCCACGUCAGAUGGGCCUACUGGAUCGUUGCACUUUGUCAUCUUCCUGUGAUCUUCGGUUUACUGUGGUUGCUGUUCACGCGAAAACUGGAGAAACUCAAGAGUACAGGUGCCACACAGGACCUGUCUGUAUAUGGGAGCCAAACAAUGAGCAAUCCAGGAUACAACCACCAUAUUGUGGCGCUUUACCUUAACGGAAGGUCUCCAUGGUUACGCGUGUUCGGCGAGGAUCAAAAGCCGCGUGUCAUCGUGGUGACCGUAUUGACGUCACUUAUACUGCUGCUGUACGACGGGCUCAUGGCAACGUUUGGUGCGUACGUUUACUCCUACGCCGUCAGAGGAGCAGUCCACAUGAGGACAGAUCAUGCGGCGUACCUUAACUCUCUAUUCUGGGGUGCUCUGUCGGUGGGACGUUUUCUAGCGAUAGGUAUCGCCCUCUACCUGAAGCCACCCACGAUGAUGAUGAUAGAUCUGAUUGGCUGCUUGUGCUGUGCGUUCUAUAUGCUGGUCAUGGAACACAGCGAGACCGCCUUGUGGCUGGGAACAGCGGGUGUCGGUCUUUUCAUGAGCAGCGUCUUCCCGACAUGCAUCGCGCUGGCGGAGUAUUACAUCGAUAUGACAGCUCCUGUGACAAGUGUAAUGAUAAUGAGCGCAGCACUGGGUGAACUCCUGUUACCACUUCUUGUUGGGCAGGUAUUUGAGAGACUCGGUCCUGCCAGUUUUCUGGUCAUCGCGUUCUGCGCAACCUUCGUGGCUCUACUCAUCUUCAUUCUUCUGAGGGCAAUAGAGGGGCGAGAUAUCCUCGGUUUUUUCUGGUUUGUGUGGUGUGGUCAAGCUCCGAGUUCAGCGUGCAACACAGAACAUAAGGCCCCACAGCCUAACGUAGGGACAGGCAAAGCACCGGUCUUCGAUACUGUCGAGAUGAAUGUACAGGCGAGCACCGUACCAGGAUAGUCAAAAUCACGUAUUCGUCACGUGGCUUUUCACGACGAGUACAACCAGCGUGAUAGCAAUAGUGUCUUGCUUUAUUGUACUUGAUUGACAAAGUGAUACUUGAUUGACAAAGUGAUGCCUCUAGCGUGACACAUAAUAGACAGUGCUUUGUGUAGAUAGGAAAUAUUAAAGUCUAGGUGUUCUGUCCGAGCUUCCUGUGGUGGCUGAGAGGCCGGAAGUGUGACGCCACAGUACCUGGAAGGGUGCCCUGGGACUAGGCUGUAACUUACAAUUAUAAAAUGAUAGCUUCUUCAAGAAAAUGAUAAGGAAAAUGGGAUAAUCACAAUGCAGAAAUAAAUUAUUUGUAGUAUACGAUGGCUGUAGGUAACGUAGAAGAUUUGUAUAGAUUGAAGUUUUAAUAAAGGAGUUGUCUCUAAA